UCAUUCAUCCAUAACAAACUCCAACUACAACUCAAGCUCUCCAUUCUUAAAGCUUCUAGACCUUCUACCCGCUACCGUCCGAACGAUAAGAUUCAAAUCUUCGUUCGUCGCAAUGGCUAGCGUUAAACUCGUCUCAACCUUCAUCGUCGAACAACUCUCCAUUGUUGCCGCCAGACGUGGAUUUGCGACUGCGACACAGGGGAGUGUAACCGGAAGCGUUAGGGGAACCGGAGUUGCAAUGAUGGCGAAAGUUAACGAAGAAUCAAAGAAAUCGACUCCAUGGGUUCCGGAUCCAGUAACGGGUUACUACAAGCCGGAGGGACAAACGAACGAGAUUGACGCAGCCGAGCUUCGUGAAAUGUUGUUGAAACAGAAAAACGGUCCGAACUAAAUUCGUUGAAAGAUGUUAAACAUGAAGAUGAAUGAAGCUUAUUAGUUUUGUUCAUCCGAUACAUAUUGCAACGAUGAAGAUAUGUUGCUUUGUUUUUUUUUUUUUGGUAUCCUUGUUACUUGUUAUUUGUUUUUUUAGAGGAAAUAUGUUUGUUAAAUAGAGGUGUGUUUGUUACAUAUAAGUUUAACGUCUAUAUAAUAAGAACUAAAAUCAUUAAUACACUUCAUUUUAUUUGAA